CUCUGAACGAGACAGGGCAGUACGUACAGUUAGCGACGCGGCUAGCGUCUAUUCAAAGCCUUUAAGUAGCCUUAGCUUAGCUGAGUUAUACUGCGUUAUUAAUUAUUAACAAGACUAACUUUUUUGUUGUUGAAGAUUUCAGGAUGACCGGUUCAAAUGAGUUCAAGCUGAACCAGGGACCUGAUGAUGGCAUCUCGGCAGUGAAGUUCAGCCCCAAUAGCUCUCAGUUCCUCUUGGUCUCAUCCUGGGACACCACUGUGCGUCUCUAUGAUGUUGGUGGAAAUUCGAUGAGGAUGAAGUACCAGCAUCUGGCCCCAGUCCUCGACUGUGCUUUCUACGAUCCAACUCACGCGUGGAGCGGUGGACUCGACAGUCAGCUCAAAAUGCACGACUUGAAUACAGACCAAGACACAAUCGUCGGAACACACGACGCCCCCAUACGCUGCGUGGAGUACUGCCCAGAGGUCAAUGUCAUGGUAACAGGAAGCUGGGACAUGAGCGUAAGGCUGUGGGAUCCCCGGACGCCGUGCAACGCCGGCACUUUUACCCAGCCCGACAAGGUGUACACGCUGUCUGUGGCCGGGGACCGUCUGAUCGUGGGUACGGCAGGACGCAGAGUGCUGGUGUGGGACCUGAGGAACAUGGGAUAUGUCCAGCAGAGACGAGAGUCCAGCCUGAAGUAUCAGACACGCUGCAUACGAGCGUUUCCAAACAAACAGGGCUACGUGCUAAGCUCGAUCGAAGGCCGAGUAGCCGUGGAGUACCUGGACCCGAGUCUGGAGGUGCAGAAGAAGAAAUACGCCUUUAAAUGCCACCGUCUGAAGGAGAACACCACCGAGCAAGUUUACCCCGUCAACGCCAUCUCCUUCCACAGCAUCCACAACACCUUUGCCACAGGUGGUUCGGACGGCUUCGUGAACAUCUGGGAUCCGUUCAAUAAGAAGCGCCUGUGUCAGUUCCACCGUUACCCGACCAGCAUCGCCUCCCUGGCCUUCAGCGGUGACGGCUCUCUGCUCGCCAUCGCCUCGUCAUACAUGCACGAGCAGGGCGACAUCUCACACCCGCCGGACGCCGUGUUCAUCCGCCAGGUCACUGACGCAGAGACCAAGCCCAAGUCGACCUGAGGCUGUGUUCAGGUGUGUGUUCAGGAUCGAGCGCUCCUGAAGUGUAACCCUGACAACGACGAUGAUGAUGAUCUGCUGGUAUCCAGUUGUUCAUAUGUGUUUGUUUUUCUACGUUUCUGUACCUUUUCUACACUUUCUCCUCUUCUUAUCUUUGUUAGUAACAAGAUAGUUAAUUUUCGUUUGUUUUCCACACUGUGUAAUGUCAUAUGUUCUUUCAUUACCAGAUACAUCCAGCCCAGUAAAUAUUCAUGUUUAACUAAAUAAAACCUGCUUUUAUGAAAGA